AAAGAUCUUCUCCCUCAUUUCCCUGCUGAGAACCAAGAAAAGAGCCAUGGGAAACGUGCUGCUGGGCGCUGAAGAAGAAGGCCUCAGGAUUUUGCCCUUCGCGGUGGUCGUGGUCGCGGCUCUUUACCUGGCGGUGAAGGUGAUCUUCGGGGGCUGUCGGCCCUUCAUGCACGAGCUCAGGUCCGAGCUCGGCGAGUGCUGUGGGUAUCCCCCGCUAGCUCCGCUGGAACCUCCGGAGCUCGCUGGGGAGGCGCGCACGGUGAGGCCGCCGGGCCUUGUGCAGGCGCUGCUGGAGAUCUUCCCCGUGCCGCCCUCGGCGCCUGCGGCGCGCCUGGUGCCGGCCUCUUCUGCGGAGCCUGCGGAGGGGCGCCCGGCGUGCCCCAUCUGCGUCGCGAACUGGCCCAAUGCGGCGCUGGACUGCGGGCACCGGGUCUGCGCUGCUUGCCUCACGGAGAUCCAAAGCCGCUCCAACCUCUGCCCCGUGUGUCGGUAUCCUAUUCGCCAAGCGAUCAGACUGUACAAUUGACGCUCGUGGA